GCUCUCUCUCUCUCUCUCUCUCUCUCUCUCUCUCUCUCCUUUCAUGUGGGUAUAGCGCUCUCUUGUUUCCUUCUUUCUUCCAUUUGGGCUCUCUCUCUCUCUCUCUCUCUCUCUCUCUCUCUCUCUCUCUCGCUAGUUCGCUGUCUGAAUGAGAUUUCAUUAGAUUAGGAAGAGAGAAGACAUGGGAAAAUACAUGAAGAAGGCGAAGAUCACAGGCGAGGUUGCAGUUAUGGAGCUUACCCAGUCGUCUCUAGGCGUCAUAACCCGAGCCAAAACCCUAGCUCUCCAGAGGCUCCAGAAGAACUCCGUCUCAUCUCCUUCUUACCUCCAGCUCCGCAGUCGCAGGCUAGAAAAGCCCCCGAUAGCUUCUGCCCCCACCGAACCCAAGAAAGCCAAAGAUGCCUGCAAAGAAAACCCGAAUCCUAGGCUGGUAGUGUGUUCAGCGAAUUCAGGGUCUGCCACGUCUGUCAUGCAGAGCUGUUCGGACAAGAACGCCCCUGCUUCUGUGGGGAAAGAGGGCUUUUCUAGGGAGGGAUCGUCGGAGAAUGAGGUCUGUGUCGAGGCAUCGUUUGGAGAGAAUGUUUUGGAGAUUGAUGGAAGAGAGAGGAACGUGAGGGAAACCACACCUUCCAGUCUGAUAAGGGACUCGGAGACGCUAGGAACUCCUGGUUCUACAACUCGGCCUACAAACUCAACAGCAACAAACAGGAGAAUACAAAAUGCAAUGCUGCGAAAUAUCCCAACGGCACAUGAGAUGGAAGAGUUCUUCGCUGGCGCGGAGCAACAUCAACAAAGAAUAUUUACAGAGAAGUACAACUAUGAUCCAGUGAACGACUUGCCACUUCCCGGCCGUUACGAGUGGGUGAGAGUGGAUUUGUAAGGGACACUCCACUGCCUUCUUCUCUGUUGUAAAAAGGGGAAAUAGAAACAUAGGGUAGGGUAGGGUAGUGGAGUUAAAUGGGUCUGUAACAUAGAGAGAGAGAAAGCUCUUGAGUUACACUGAGAAGCAGUAUAAAUCCAAAAAGAAAAGAAAAGAAAAGAAAAUUCCUUUGGUCUAACAAACAGAUGAUAUAUAUAGAGAGGGAGGUGGUGGGUCCAUGGGAAGGGGGUGUGUGGGUGGUCUCUGAUAACUGGCAGAUGGAAGAAGAGACUCUUUUGGGGGGGGUAAUAGGAAAAUCCCUGAUUUUGUUCUCUUGUCUAUACUUCUACUGAUGGAACUGAAAAAGCUCUUUAGAAAUAAAUGUGACCCUUUUUUACCUUUC